UAGGAAAGUGCAUCACACCAGCUGAGGUUAUGAACAGACGCUGCUGUGGUGGUCAGUAAAUGGAAACCUGGCAACCCCAUUACACUAUUUCUGCAGUGUAAGCAUGUGUAAUGAAGAGGUUUCCUUCCACAGCAGGAUGAAGUUAAGAGUCUUUACACUCUGUUGGAAUACAUAGAAGACGGGGGCUAGUUUUCUUUGGGAUUAUAAGAAGUUUGAUGGGAAAGACAUUCUACCAACCGCUUAUCUCCUGAGAUCAAGGAAUUCUCUAGGCUCUCCAAAUUGUCCGUCCAUCAUUCAGCUGGAAACCUCUCUCACCAGGAGCACCCGGUUUUGAGCUUGUGUUCUUUUCAGUACUGUACUGCCCCCUGCUGGAGCAAUGAUAAAUCAAGACAUAUACAAACAUUACAAUUACACAGGAAAGCUGGACAAUAGAAACACCACCAAUGGGGUUGAUUUGGGUCCGGAGAAGGUGGUAUUUCUGGUUAUAUCCAGCUUCAUAAUCCUGGAAAACUUGAUAGUUCUGAUAGCCAUAUGGAAAAACCACAGAUUCCACAGCCGCAUGUACUUUUUCAUUGGGAAUCUUGCACUGUGUGAUUUGUUAGCCGGUGUGACAUACACUGUAAAUCUGUUGAUGUCUGGGGAAAAAACUCUACAUCUUUCAACAGAAUUGUGGUUCAUACGUGAAGGAAGUGUGUUCGUAGCGCUGGGAGCAUCCAUCUUCAGUCUGCUGGCUAUUGCCAUUGAAAGGCAUCUCACCAUGAUCAAAAUGAGGCCGUAUGACACUACUAAGAACUACAGAGUGUUUCUGCUCAUAGGGAUGUGCUGGCUGAUCGCUGUGGCUCUCGGAGUGCUGCCCAUCCUGGGCUGGAACUGCCUGGAAAAUCUUCCAGAUUGCUCUGUCAUUUUACCGCUGUACACAAAAAAGUACGUGGCAUUCUGCAUCAGCAUCUUCAUGGCCUUGCUUCUGGCCAUUUCAGUACUGUACACUCGCAUUUACAUCCUGGUGAAGUCCAGCAGUCGCAAGGUGAUGAAGCACAGCAACUCCGAGCACGCCAUGGCUCUGCUGCGGACAGUCAUCAUCGUCGUCGGGGUCUUCAUCGUAUGUUGGAUGCCACUCUUUGUUCUCCUGCUCACUGAUGUGGCCUGCAAGCAAAAACAAUGCUCUAUCCUGCUCAAAGCUGACUGGUUCAUUUCUUUAGCCAUGAUGAACUCGGCUAUGAACCCGGUCAUCUACACUCUUGCAAGCAGGGAGAUGCGACGGGCGUUUAUCGGGCUGCUGUGCGGCUGUUUUGUGACCCCAUGUGUGGUUGGCGGCAAAUCGAAUGGAGAAGGCAGCAGGAGUAAGAGCUCCAGCCAGAUUCAGAAACCAGCCGAAGAUCAAGAGAAACAAGGGAAUGUAGUCACUUAGCCAUCAUGGAGUGUAAUGAGGCAUUACUCAAAGAUCCAUUUUAGUCUAGUGUAUAGCCAUGGAUGUUGGGUUAAUCGUCAGGAGGUCAAGCAGAAGAUAACGUUUUGAAUAAUGUUACAGAAUUGAUCAGGCAGCUAUGGUCAGACCCUUGCUAGCAGAGGAUUUCAUUCCUCAAUGAACCAAAACCAAAACAUACACUAUGUUGCCAAAAGUUUUGGGACGUCUGCCUUUACACGCACAUGAAUGUAAUAUGGAGUUGUCCCGCCCUUUGUAGCUAUAGCAGCUUCAACUCUUCUGGGAAGGCUUUCCACAAGGUUUAGGAGUGUGUUUAUGGGAAUUUUUGACCAUUCCUCUAGAAGCGCAUUUGUGAGGUCAGGCACUGAUGUUGGACGAGAAGGACUGGCUCACAGUCUCCACUCUAAUUCAUCCCAAAGGUGUUCUAUCAGGUUGAGGUCAGGACCAGCCAGUCCUUCACUCGAAAUUCACUCAUCUGUGUCUUUACGGACCUUGCUUUGUGCACUGGUGCGCAGUCAUGUGGGAACAGGAAGGGGUCAUCCCUAAUUGUCCAAAAUAUCUUGGUAUACUGAAGCAUUACAAGUUCCUUUCACUAAAACUAAGGGGCCGAGCCCAACCCCAUGAAAAACAACACCUGAAUUCAAUGAUUUGGAGGGGUAUCCCAAAACCUGUGGCAAUAUAGUGUAUAUUCAAUCAACUAGUCCUAUUCUUCAGUUCUUCAUGAAUACCAUACCAGUAUUGUUAAAGCAUGUGAAUCUACUAGUGAUGAACUUGUUUAUUUUUUUUAUUGUUUUCAAUCUAAAAUCAAAUUCUCCUAACACAGACCUAUUCUGAACUUACACACCAGCCCAGAGAUCUUUCAUGCCAAGGAGGAGGAAACAUUUGGAGUAUUACACCAUGGAAUGAAAAUUUCAUCCAAGUCUUUCAACUAUCCUUUUUUUUUGCUUGUUAUAAAAGUUGCUCUUGUAUGUUGUAUUUUCUUUGCCCAUGAUUAGUUUUUUUUGUCAACAUAAGAGGGCUGACAAAGAAUUCCAGAUGUUGGAGGGGGAAAAAAAGGACAAGUCUGCCUCAAUUCCCCUUCUUUUGUGGCUUCAUUUGAUCUCUAUAUUUUAGCGAAGGAAACAGCAGCUGAAACUGAAAGAACUUUGUUGUACGUUAAAGACUGAAUCCAUGGAGCUGAUACAGAUGUGUCCACAGAAUUAAAUGUUGUCCAUAGCAAAAAAUAGCAACCUUUAAAGUCAGAUCAUCCAAAUUGUACUUACGUUAGACCUGGCUUCACACACUUGUUUCUACUUCUACCACAGUGAUGUCGAACGCCCGACUUCUAAUAUCGUUUCUUUGUUUCUUUAGCAACAACGAAUUAUUCUGUAAGGAAACAUACAGACUUGUCUAUGAGGAAACAUUUACAUAGCUGUUUCGUCUCCAGCGCCAGUGCUUUGUAACAGUCAACAGUUGAAGCUUUCAGACAUGGGAAAGUCUUCAUGAUGGAGGGAUUAUUACAAUCCAGAAAUCGAGAAUGUAUCUAUAAGCAAUGUAUAAAGUGAUGUAGAAUUUUAUUGAAUUAAUACAACUAAUCACCGACAAACUGUGGUAUAAAUGAAAUUAAAUUAAUAACGCUUCUGAAAAACUAAGUCCACCUCCAUCACUGAUUACUUUCCUAUAACAUGCCCCCAAGUGUUUUAUUCUAACAGCCCAUUGGCGUGUGUGAUGUUCUGCUUGUGAUUUCAGGAGUUACUCUGAAAAACAAAUAGUUUCUGACCAUGAUUAGCAUUAAUAUCGCUCUAUAACGUGAGAAUGGAGUUUUGUUUCUGUUACUAUGUGACUUCUUGUUUGAGUUAUGUUUGGAUGUGAGGU